UCUCACUCCCUAUCCUAUCCUGUCUAAAAUCGGGACAUAGAAAGAGGCUUCAAGAAGUGUCUAGAACACGGCGAGAUUUAAGAUCCAAUUUCACCAUUGACGCCCGAUUGAACCAGCAUCCAGGCCCUGAAAAAAAAAGAUUGCCACUUGUCAUCCAUGGGACCCUUUCACGUUCCUCGGAGACUUGCAGAUCAAGAAAUGCUCUUUGAGGCUCCAGCCCUAGCAUCUGCAGUACCGAAUCAAAAUGACCUGAAUAAGCAAGCAGAGCAGAGCCUGAGAACCUAAAAUGAUGAAUAUGACGGCAAUGUUGACGAGAGGCGUUCGAAACUUAACCGCCGUAACUGUAACAAGGAGAGCUUCGUUUUACCGCUUAUUUUCUUCAACCUCCUCGUCAACCCCCUCUCCGCCUCCUUCCGGCGUAGUCGUUUCAGGUGCCGCUGCUGACGUGGCCGAUGUCGUCGAAGAAGAAGAAGAUGAAGCGCAGAAUCUGGUGUACUCGGAUGCGGCCGCUUCCUUGGCCGUCAAGCCGGCGAUCCCCACUAUCCUUCAGCCACGUGUCGUCGUCUACGACGGCGUCUGCCACCUCUGCCACCGAGGGGUGAAGUGGGUGAUCAAAGCAGACAAGCAUAGGAAGAUCAAGUUUUGUUGCCUUCAGUCGAAGACUGCCGAGCCGUACUUGAGGCUGUGUGGUUUGGAUCGCGAGGAUGUUCUCCGUCGCUUUUUGUUCAUCGAAGGCCCGGGCUUAUAUCACCAAGCAUCAACCGCUGCCUUGAGAGUUUUGUCCUACUUGCCGAUGCCUUAUUCUGCUUUAAGCACACUCUUGGUAGUUCCAACUCCACUGAGGGAUGCUGUCUACGAUCAUGUUGCCAAGCGACGGUAUGACUGGUUCGGGAAGGGUGAAGAUUGCUUAGUUUUGCAAGAGAAAGAGCUGCUUGAACGUUUCAUUGAUAGGGAAGAAAUGAUGGAUCGGAGUAAAUCAGAUUUGUGAUUAGCUUCUUAAAUGCCAUGAGCCCCAUUUUGUUUGUGGAUGAAUUGGUUAAUAUUCUAAAGGGGAUAUAGAUAUCUAAUGUUGUAAAUGCGGGGUGUAGCUUGGCAAAGCCUUUUUUGUCAUAACUAGGAGUUUCAUCACUGGUAUUACAGGUAUCACAUAUUAUGCAACGUAAUUCAACACUUCAGUUUUGAUCAAAUAUUGAUUUAAGGGAAUGCUCAUA